AUGUUUGGGGCGCCAGAAACCAACCCACCGAGAAUUCUACCGCCAACAGCAUCAACACAUAUGAAGGAAGAACCACUGCAGCAGACGACAGGACAACCAGCCCCAAUUAGGAACUGGAUGCAGCCUACGGUCGUCGACCAGGGUGGGGGAAGUGUUGGUUUCGGACGAGCACACUUUGAGAAACAACCCCCAAGUAAUCUACGGAAAAGCAACUUCUUUCAUUUUGUAUUAGCUUUAUACGAUAGGCAGGGCCAGCCUAUCGAAGUUGAAAGAACUGCUUUCAUAGAUUUUGUUGAGAAAGAACAAGUAAGUUUGCAGGAACCCGAGGGACCAAAGACAAACAAUGGGAUUCAUUACAGAUUACAACUUCUAUUCGCAAACGGAGUUCGGCAGGAACAGGACCUUUAUAUUCGCCUCAUUGACUCCGUCACAAAAGGGGCUAUUGUUUAUGAAGGCCAAGAUAAAAACCCAGAAAUGUGCCGGGUGCUGCUUACGCACGAGGUGAUGUGUAGCCGUUGCUGUGAUAAGAAGAGUUGUGGAAACAGAAAUGAAACUCCUUCAGACCCCGUCAUCAUAGACAGAUUUUUCCUUAAAUUUUUCAUGAAGUGCAAUCAAAAUUGUCUAAAAAAUGCUGGAAACCCACGUGACAUGAGAAGAUUUCAGGUGGCCGUUUGUUCUACGAUGUCGGUGGAGGGUCCACUGCUGGCUAUUUCGGAUAAUAUGUUCGUACACAACAACUCUAAACAUGGCCGUCGAGCAAGGCGGUUAGAUCCGACAGAGGGAGAUGCUUGGUUUCUGGCAGACUCAUAUGGCCGAUUCUCUAAGUACCCCCGGGACACAGCCAUUCUUACGACACCUUGUAUCAAAGCUAUCUGUCCAAGUGAGGGUUGGACAACAGGGGGAACAACUGUCAUCAUUAUAGGAGACAACUUUUUCGAUGGCCUUCAGGUUGUUUUUGGGACCAUGCUUGUAUGGAGUGAGCUGAUCACGUCACAUGCUAUCCGAGUACAAACACCUCCUAGACACAUACCUGGGGUCGUCGAGGUCACACUCUCUUAUAAAUCCAAACAGUUCUGCAAAGGCGCACCUGGUCGUUUUGUUUAUACAACACUAGCUGAUCCAACUAUAGAUUACGGCUUCCAGAGGUUGAUGAAGCUUGUACCCCGACAUCCAGGAGAUCCUGAGCGGCUUCCUAAGGAAAUAAUUCUGAAGCGAGCCGCAGACCUAGCUGAGGCUUUGUAUAGUAUGCCACGAAAUCAUAACCAGCUUUCUCUUCCACCUCCUCGCUCUCCAGCAAUGAAUAACGGCUCACCUAUGUCAAGUUUUAAUUCAUACGCCGGUCAGCUAGCGGUCAGUGUUCAGGACACAAAUGGUCAAUGGGAAGAAGGUUACACCAGGGGUCAGGCGUCAAGUGUUUCGCCGAGGGGAUAUGGCUCAAAUGGUUCUACGCCCCAUAGCAACGGAAGUAGUUACAGCUCAACAGCCAUGAAUGGCUACCAUGGCGGAAGUCUGGGAAAUAUGGUGGGUCCCUCACACUCACCCUCCCUGCCCCCUCCUGUGCCCUCUUCCGGUUAUCAGGGUGGAAGUGCGCCAGGGAUAUUCUCUUUUUCACCAGCCAAUAUGAUCUCUGCAGUGAAACAGAAAAGCGCCUUCAACCCUGUUGUGCGGCCUCCGGGUACGGGCGAAAGUCCACCCGCUGCGGGAUCCAUUCCUUCAGGACUAACUAGUGGGUGGGCGCACCCCAUUCUCAGUGUUAGAAUGAGCAGCAUAGUUGCGUCACCAUUUUCUGCUGUUAAUCCCUUCGCUCUACCGACAUGUAAUGGUCAAACAUACGGCAGCUCACUAAUAUCAUCGGCAAAAUGA